GAUCCCGUCAUCAGAUCCACCCCAGGGGGGAGGGAAGGACAUUGGAGGGAGCGGGAAAUCUGCCCCAGAAUUGCUCUUGGCUGUGCAUGGGGAGAUCCAAGGAGGGGGGAGGAGAGAAGGAAGCUUAAAGGAACCCCCUGCUCACAUCUCCUUCAGAUUCCGAUUCCUGGAAGACUGGAAGGAUCUUUGGAGAGCCAGCGGUGCCAGUGGCUGGAAGGUCCCUUCUGAGCCUGGCAGAGAAGAGGAGAAGCAGGAAGAGCUGCAGGUUCUGAGGUUCUUCCAGGAAUGGGGAGGAAUUGGGUGGAUCUCACAAAUAUUUCUACUGAUUUUUCUUUCAGAGGGAUCCCCAAGGAUAAAAGUCAAGGUCAGGAUACCUCACUAGUGGACAAAAUGGAGUCACCGUUGUUCAUUGAAUCAUCUUCUAUUGCUGGAGCUGAAAGAGCUGCUGGACUUCCAAAUCAGGGUCCUGUGUCUUUUGGGGAGGUGGCCAUCCAUUUCAAUAGUGAAGAGUGGUUGCUGCUUGAUCCCAGCCAGAAAGUCCUGUAUCAAGAAGUCAUGCUGGAAACGUCUAGGAUGGUGGCCUCUUUAGCAUUUGAUGCGCAGAAGGAAAAUAACCAAGAGACAAAUUUAGUGCCAUUGGAAAUAAUCAAAACUGAAAUUCCUGAGGAGACAUCUACAAAUAAGCACAGUUGGAGAGAAAAAUCGAUUCUUGAAUGUGUGGAAAUGGAUCAUUUCCUGACCCAACGUGAUUCCAAAGAAAAUACGGGGAAAUGUCAAAGUAGAAAAAGAUUCAAAACAAACCCCAAUGCUAGUAACCAGUGCAAAACUGGAAAAAGCUCCUGCAGUAAUAAUCUUACUUCACAUAAAAUGAUCCAGGCAAGGGAGAAACCCUACAAUGCUAUGGACUGUGGAGAAAGUGUUGGGUGGAAAGGUAAUUUAACUUCUCAUAAAAAGAUCCACACCACAGAAACACUCUAUAAGUGCCUAGAGUGUGGAAAGAGCUUCAGAGACAACAUUUAUCUAACCUCCCACAAAAGGAGACAUAGUGGAGAAAAACCCUUUAAAUGCAUAGAAUGUGGGAAGAGCUUCAGCACUAGUAGUUACCUGAUAUGCCAUAGAAGGAUCCAUUCAGGAGAAAAACCAUAUAAAUGUGUAGACUGUGGAAAAAGUUUCAGUAUAAAGAAUUCCCUUACUUACCAUAAAAGGAUGCAUACUGGAGAAAAACCCUAUAAAUGUGUAGACUGUGGAAAAAGUUUCAGUAUAAAGAAUUCCCUUACUUACCAUAAAAGGAUGCAUACUGGAGAAAAACCCUAUAAAUGUGUAGACUGUGGAAAAAGUUUCAGUAGGAAGAAUUCCCUUACUUACCAUAAAAGGAUGCAUACUGGAGAGAAACCUUUUAAAUGCAUAGAAUGUGGGAAGAGCUUCACAACUAGUAGUUACCUGAUAUGCCAUAAAAGGAUCCAUUCAGGGGAAAAACCCUAUAAAUGUGUGGAUUGUGGACAAAGGUUCCGUGUGAAGGGUUCCCUUACUUCCCAUAAAAGGAUACAUAGUGAAAAAUCCUUUAAAUGCAUAGAAUGUGGGAAGAGCUUCAGAAUUAGUAGUGACCUGAUAGACCAUAGAAGGAUCCAUUCAGGAGAAAAACCCUAUAAAUGUGUAGACUGUGGGAAAAGGUUCAGUAGGAAGAAUUCCCUUAUGUUCCAUAAAAGGAUGCAUACUGGAGAAAAACGCUUUACAUGCAUAGAAUGUGGGAAGAGCUUCAGCACUAGUAGUUACCUGAUAUGCCAUAGAAGGAUCCAUUCAGGAGAAAAACCAUAUAAAUGUGUAGACUGUGGAAAAAGUUUCAGUAUAAAGAAUUCCCUUACUUACCAUAAAAGGAUGCAUACUGGAGAAAAACCCUAUAAAUGUGUAGACUGUGGAAAAAGUUUCAGUAUAAAGAAUUCCCUUACUUACCAUAAAAGGAUGCAUACUGGAGAAAAACCCUAUAAAUGUGUAGACUGUGGAAAAAGUUUCAGUAUAAAGAAUUCCCUUACUUACCAUAAAAGGAUGCAUACUGGAGAGAAACCUUUUAAAUGCAUAGAAUGUGGGAAGAGCUUUAGACAAAGUGGUGGCCUUGCUUCCCAUCAAAAGAUUCAUACAGGCGAGAAACCCUGUAAGUGUAUAGAGUGUGGAAAGAGCUACAGAAAUAGAUAUCAUCUGACAUCCCACAAAAGGAUCCACUCAGGUGAAAAACCUUAUAAAUGCACUGAGUGUGGAAAACCCUUCAGGACAAACAGUAACCUUGCGUGUCAUAAACGGGUCCAUACAGGAGAGAAACCCUAUACAUGCAUGGAGUGUGGAAAGAGCUUCAGGGUAAAGAAUGCUCUUACUUCUCAUAAACGGAUCCACACAGGAGAAAAACCCUAUAAAUGCCUAGACUGUGGGAAGGGCUUCAGCCGAAGCAGUAGCCUUACUUCUCAUAAACGGGUCCACACAGGAGAAAAACCCUAUAAAUGCCUAGACUGUGGGAAGGGCUUCAGCCAAAGCUGUGCCCUUGCUUCCCAUAAACGGGUCCACACAGGGGAAAAACCCUAUAAAUGCUUGGAGUGUGGAAAGAGCUUCAGUGUAAAGAGUGCUCUUACUUGUCAUGAAAGAAUCCACACAGGAGAGAAGCCUUAUAAAUGUCUAGAGUGUGGGAAGAGUUUCAGCCAAAACAGUCAAUUUAGUUGCCAUAACCGGAUGCAUACAGGGGAAAAACCUUAUAAGUGCACAGGCUGUGGAAAGACCUUCGUUACAAGUGGCCAUCUGAUUUAUCAUAAAAGGACCCACACAGGAGAGAAACCUUAUAAAUGCCUGGAAUGUGGGAAGGGCUUCUGUGAUAAGCGUUCCCUUACUUCCCAUAACAGGAUCCACACAGGAGAAGAAUCAUCUGUAUGCAAUGAAUCUGGGAAGAGUUUGAGUACAAGCCAGUCCCUUACUACAUUAAUACCCAGACACGGAAGAAAUUGUACUAGUGCAACUAAGUCACCUUAGUUCCCAUAAGAGGAUCUACACAGGAGGGAAAUAGAAAUGUAUGGAUUUCUAAAUGUAGAAAUGUGAAAACAGGAUGCUUCUCAAGAAAGAACCCACAGGGGGGGGGGAAAUAUCCUGUGGAAAGCAGUCAACUUAUUUACCUUAUUAAUAUGACCCGGAUCAGGACUACAUACAGGGUGGGAGGGAGAUCUCUUUAAGGGACUGCAGUAUCCUUAAUUUGUGAUAUGAAACCAUCUAAAGAUAUGGAGUGUAAAAACAAUGACAUCUUCUUUCAGAAGAUUGCUGUAGGAGCAACUGAAUAAAUGGAUUGAUUUUGGGAAGCUCCUAGGAUGAAGUUCUUAAAUCAAAAGAUAUUACCUAUUCAGUUAAGGUGUCACUCAAGAAAAACUGUUAAAACAAUUGCCCCUCUCUUUUCUCCCAAAAGAUCACAACCUCUGCUUGGUCAAGCUGCUUUAUCUUUAAUUAUUUUUUUAUCUGAACUGAGUCUGGGAUCAGCCUCCAGGCUUUGUGAAGAGGUGGUGUAUGCAAGCAAAACAAAGCAAGGCAAGGAUGUCAGGGCAUGAUUUAAUCCCAUUUUUGGCUCUGGGAUAAUCUCACCAUUAAUUAGAGGAUGGACCGUGGCUUUCUCCAAGUUGCAAUAUUCUGAAAUAAAACCCGAAGAAGUAUUCUCUAAUAAAACUCUUUUAUUUGUAAAAAGUAACAAAAACAUCUAUCUAUCUAAUUAGCUACAUCUUGGCAGCGUUCCUCUGCCAAGAUCAUUCCUGGCAGAGAGAACAAAGGAAAGAGUAGUAAUAAAGGAAUGGAAUAUAGGACAUGCGCAGUAAAGAAAACUGAUCAGGAACUUGGCAAACUACAGUAAGUCUAUUAGUCCAAAAAUAUGAAGCUCAGCUGGGAAAUACAAGAACGCAGUGACAAAGGAUGCAUAUGACCCAUAAUAAGCUGAGGGCCAAUGCGAUUGACAUCAAUAUCACAGUUCAAUCAAAGCACCAGAGGGCAGGACAAGAAGCAACCGAUGGAAACUACUCAAGGGGAGAAGCAACCUGGAAUUAAAGAGAAACUUCCUAACAGUGAGGACAAUGAACCAAUGGAACAACUUGCUUUCAGACGUUGUGGGUGCUUCAUCAGUGGAGAUUUUUCAGUCACUUGUCUGAAACAGUAUAUGUUCUCCUUGAGUAGGGGUCUAGGCUUGAAGGCCUCCAAGAUCUCAUCCAGCUCAGUCUAGUCUAGCCUCUCUACUCUACUCUACUCUUACUCUACCCUACCCUACUCUAUUCAACCAGCUAAAAGGGACUUUAAAAAUGGUUUUAUUGAUCCAACAGUGUACCAUAUGCGCAAUAUUUUUUUAAAAAGUUUUUUAAUUUCUUGAUUUAAAUUAUUCAUUGUUCAGUUUCUCAGAUUAAUCAUUACCGUAUUUUCUAUUUCUCAAGAUUUUCAAAUGCCACUUUACUGCCUGCAUUUCAUUUUCUGAUACCAAGUUCAUCAGAAAGAUCAAUCAUAGUUGACAUGUCAGGUUGCUAUGGUUUUGGAGAAAACUUUUACUAGCAUGAUUGUGACUGUAUUUUUGAUCUUAAUAUAUUUCUUAAAAACAUUUCCUCAUUAUUAACCACCUUUCUCAUUGUGAAAGGUUAAUAAACAGUUUCUGCGCAAUUUAAA